AUGACGCCCGACGAGAUCGCUGCCAAGGAGCGCGAACUUGAUGAACGCACCAAAGCCCUCGACUCCCGCGAAGCCACCCUCACCCAACAACUUGCGGCCAACACCACUGCCAAUCCCAACGCCAGCACCAUCAACGCCGGCGCCGCCACCCCACAAAACCCUACUCUCGCCAUCACCACCGCCCCAAACCCUCCCACACACACUCCCAACCCCUCUACCUAUGCACCCUCCAUCAAAACCCACGUCCCAAUUACUCUCAGCCUCAACGACGGCCACUACACCAGCUGGAGGGAACUCUUCCUUGUGGCGCUCGGUCGCUACAGGCUCAGUGCCCACAUCCUCUCCGACGAGACGCCCUCCGACAACGGCCCCAACUCUGACUGGGGCCGUGAUGACUACACCGUUCUGUCGUGGAUCUACGGCUCCAUCUCCACCGAGCUCCUCAACAUCGUCAUGCGCCCCGGCUCCACCGCCUGGGCGAUCUGGAACGCCAUCGAGAAUCUCUUCCGCGACAACAAGAUGCACCGUGCUCUGCAACUCGAGGCUGACUUCCGCAACACACCUCAGGGUGAUCUAUCGAUCCACGACUACUGCGCCAAGCUGAAGGCCCUCGCCGACUCCCUCGGUGAUGUCGGACAACCUGUCUCCGAUGAGACCCUCGUCCUCACCGUGCUUCGUGGCCUCAAUGAGAGCUACGCGCAUCUGCGUUCUUUUCUUCCGUUUCAGGCACCCUUCCCCUCGUUCCUGCAGACAAGAUCAGCCCUCCUCCUCGAGGAAUCACAGAAGAAGCUGGACACCAAGAACGCGGCUGGGAUGGCCCUAUGGGCGAGCGGUCAGAGCGUGCAGCCCAACCCUGGCGGCCCGCGUCCCCCUCCACCACCACCAUCGUCGCCCGGGGGCGCGUCGUCCGGGGGCGCCACGUACGGGGGCGCUGGCCGUGGCUCGGGCCAGUCUACCCUCUUUGCGCCGUACCGUGGCAGCCGCGGUCGUGGACGUGGUGGACGUGGUCGUGGCCGCGACUCGCCCUGGCAGUUCAACCCUUGGACAGGCGCGCUGACUCGCGCCAAUCUUCAGCAACAGCAGGCUCCCUGGCAGUCUGCACCAUGGUCGCCGCGUCCCUGGACUCCUCCCACACACGGCCUCCUCGGACCACGCCCCGGCAUCGCUCCUCCGCAGGCCUACACUGCAUACGGCCAACCCUCCACCAGUUAUGGUCCGCAGCCGCCUCCGCCACCGCCGGGUCAUCACCAGCCUCCCCUGUACCCGGCCCUCGUCAACGGCCUAAACAACAUGCAGCUCUCCGGCAGUGAAUGGUACAUGGACUCUGGUGCAUCCUCCCACAUGGCAUCCGACCCCGGAUCUUCUCACCGGGACCGUGAUCAUUCGAUGCAAUAG